UUCCUAAAAUAUCUGUUAGGAUCCUUAGUAUUUUGCACUUUUUAUACUUUUUACCCAAAUGUUUCUAGAAUUAUCAGCUUAUGUCACAUGUCCCCUUUGCUUUGCUUACAUGUCCCUUUGCAGACACGACCCACCCAUUGUCUAUCCAUCUACACAUUUCUUUCUUCUUCUUCUUCUUACCCUUUUUCAUACGCAGCUCAAGUUUGUGGAAUCAUUGCUCAAAGUUUCUUCCUUUUCAGAAUCUUUUGUUUUGUUUCUGCUUCUGACGAUUAUCUCUACGAUCUCUCUCUCUUCUCCUACUGAAAGGAGCUUGCUUUCUUCAGUUCAGUGGUGAAGGUUGAGCCAAAAACAUUGAGAUUGGUUCAGUUUUUAAAGAUGGGUUAUAUGUGUGACUUCUGUGGUGAGCAAAGAUCAAUGGUGUAUUGUCGAUCUGAUGCAGCGUGUUUGUGUCUUUCUUGUGACCGUAAUGUUCAUUCUGCUAAUGCUUUAUCGAAACGUCAUUCGCGGACUUUGAUAUGUGAGAGGUGUAAUGCACAGCCUGCAUCUGUUCGGUGUAGCGAUGAGAGGGUUUCUCUAUGUCAAAACUGUGAUUGGGUUGGCCAUGACGGGGCAAACUCUACUACUACUUCACAUCAUAAAAGGCAAACCAUUAACUGUUAUUCUGGUUGCCCUUCGAGUUCUGAACUUUCCUCGAUAUGGUCUUUCUGUUUGGAUUUGAAUAUGUCUUCUGCUGGAGAGUCUGCGUGUGAACAAGGAAUGGGUUUGAUGACUAUUGAUGAAGUCCCUGGAGACAAAUCAUGUGUCCAAAAUGUCAAUGUAGAUAAGCCUGGAACUAGUUCUGCUGCACAAGGUAUGGAUCGCUCUAGUGUUCCAGAAAAUACAUCAUUGGCUAAGGAGGUUGGAGUAUGUGAAGAUGACUUUAAUGGAAAUCUCAAUAUGGAAGAAGUCGACAUGGCUCUUGAGAACUAUGAAGAACUCUUUGGUGCAGCCUUCAACUCAUCGAGAUAUCUCUUUGAACACGGUGGAAUCGGAAGUCUGUUUGACAAAGAUGAACCUCCCGAGGGCUCAAUCCAAGGAAACUCAAUGCAGCAGCCAGCCAUGAGUAAUAAUGCAUCUGCAGAUGAUUCGUUCAUGACUUGUAGAACCGAACCAAUAAUUUGCUAUUCAUCAAAGCCAGCUCAUUCGAAUAUCUCCUUCUCUGGUGUCACUGGAGAAAGUAAUGCUGGAGAUUUCCAAGAUUGUGGGGCAUCAGCGAUGAAGCAGCUUUCAAAUGAGCCACAAGCAUGGUGCCCUCCAACAUCACAGGAAAUAAUUGCGUCGUCACAUGCAACAACACGUAACAACGCUGUUAUGCGUUACAAGGAAAAGAAGAAGGCUCGCAAGUUUGACAAGCGAGUGAGGUACGUCUCUAGGAAAGAAAGAGCUGAUGUAAGACGGCGUGUGAAAGGACGGUUUGUUAAGUCGGGUGAAGCUUAUGACUACGACCCGAUGAGCCCAGCAAGAAGCUACUGAGGAUACCACGAAACCCCUGAGACAAUGAAGAGUCAAAAAGUGGAGAUCUCAGACAAACAGAUGUAACUAAUUGGCAGUGAGUGAGGCAUUUUGCAGUGGUUAAUCCGGUGGAAAGGCCAAUAUUGGUUGAUUAGGAACAUGAGUUUUCGACCGAAAAAGAAAAGCUUCAUUGUUGCUUAGAAGCCAUGCUUCUGCCUCUUUUUGCAUAAGUUUGUUAUCUCCUUCUGUCAUUUGGCUGCUUCAGCAUGACCUGACGACAGUAGUGAAAACUCUUCUACAAAUUGAGGUUCAUGAUCCUUCAAUUUUGUUCUAUUGUAAUUUGUGUAGCCAAGGCAAAACAAGGAAUGUGUAUAUUUUUUUUAUGUCAUAAAUAUUAUUGUAGAAGAUUAUAGUA